AUGCGGCUUUCCCUCAUGGCGCUGGUGAGACAUCUGUAUAUUUGUGAUUUCCACAAGAACUUCAUUCAAAGUGUCCGAAACAAAAGAAAGAGGAAGACAAGUGAUGAUGGAGGUGACUCUCCUGAGCAUGAAACGGAUGUCCCGGAGGUUGACCUGUUCCAGCUCCAAGUGAACACUCUGCGACGUUACAAGAGACAUUAUAAGUUGCAGACUAGGCCUGGACUCAACAAGGCUCAGCUAGCAGAAACUGUCAGUCGUCACUUCAGGAAUAUUCCUGUGAAUGAGAAAGAGACGCUUGCAUAUUUCAUCUAUAUGGUGAAGAACAACAAGAGCAGGCUGGACCAGAAAUCGGAAGGUAGCAAGCAACUAGAAUGAAGAUUAACAAGACUUGGAAUAAGAGGGACCUUGAAGGAACAGAUGGUAUUGUGCAUUUUAGGUAUAUAAAAACUGUUGAAGUAUAUUGUAAAUUUUUUUUAAAAUGCAGUAAGUCUGGAUGACAGAAAAAAAUACAGACAUUCUUAUCAGGAGUAUUUGAAAACAUGUGCCCAGCAUGUUUCUGAAGACUUCUUCCCCUCAUUUCAAAGUCGUGUUGGAAUAAAGAAAUGAGGAUAAUGGGGAAACCAAGUAAACCUGUAGGACUGUGGAGUUUGUCAACUCGGUGUUUUAAACCAUUUCUGGAAAUCUGCAUCUCAGUGCAAUUCAGAUCACAGAUGGAAUUUUUUCACUGAAUUCAGACUGCAUCACAAACCACCGUGCAGUUUGUCUUGGCGCAGGACUGGAAUAGCGGCAGAGAUAAAAUUCAUUAUUGAGGUGCAUGGGUCAGAAGUUUGUCUGAAGCUUGCUCCCCACCUACACAUGCUCUGUCUUGCCUUGAGUCAGUACUUCAAGUCCCAAAUUUCUACAGAUGCUCCAGCUCACCAAAUCUACUCCAGUGAACACUACUUAACUAGUCUGAAAUUGAUUUUUUUUUUAAACCAUUUUUCCUCCUGCCCCCUUCCGACAUGGAUGCCAAACAGCUCUCUGCAAUCUCUUUUUGUAAUUUCUUUUAUUUAAGAACUCACUAAUUAAUUGUCUGUAAGCAUUUAAACAUUUCUGCAUUUCCUCAGAAUGUGGUGUUAAGGCAAAUACAGCUUACUUGCUGGGUUUGAUCAUGUUGGUAGAAAUGCUUGUUUAAUUCACUUACACGUAUUUCCCUUGUAUUCAAGGCUCAGUGAUGGUAGGUGAAACAAUGGCUUAAGACAUCUGUCUCUUAAUCUCUGUGUCAGAUCAGGUAUCAGUCACAAGUGAUGUGAAUUUUAUACUGAAGCUAGUCUUUAGCAGGUGUCACAAAACUGCUGUGUGGAUUAGUGGGCUCGGCAGUCUCUGUUUAGUAUAAAGCAGACUUAUGCUAAUGGGUGUAGCACCAUAACCGGGGUAGUGAACUGACUGGAGCAUGAUGCAUUUCAUCUGUCUUUGCAACGGGCAAAAAGUAUCGAAGCACGUGCCUUUUGUGAGCAUUACGUGUGCUUUCGUAAGAGCUGUGUGAGUGGAGGGUGGCAUGCUGGUGCUCUUUAACUGGGCGCUGUAGGAGGAGAUCGCUCUGAUUUUGUUGUUUAAAGCCAAGGUGUCCUUACAAAUAACACAGUGGUUAUUUUGGCAAAAGGAGCUUAUAAAAGCAUUCGUCGUGACUGACUGUUCUCCAGUGACCUCAAAUUCUAUUGAAGGGGAUCUCAUGAUUUAAAGCACCACUCUGUUUCUUUGCUGUCCUAACCAAUGUCUCCCUUCUGUUACAAGAUGCCAAGACUCCGCAUAGAGAGUAUAUUCUCAACAAGCCUUAAUCAACGAACUGAACAGUAGAAGACUUCGGCUAGCGUUUUGUCAAUGGCAGGUUUUAAUAUUACAAAAAUGAAUGAAGCUUUGUUGAAGAGCUAAACACACAGAUCACGAUCCCAGCUUAGUACUGCAUCAUGUUUUGUAAGGCAUGAAGGGUUCGCCUAGUGAAGCUCUUGUUGAAGCUCUCCCAGGGUCUCUUUAAAAAUCAAGUCACAAUUUAAAGCAAGCUGUUCACGUCAGCUCUGAAGUGUUUGCUAAUACUCCAAAAACACGUUCAACUAACUUCAACAUGUCUAAGUCCUGUGUCAUAGGCAGAAAUACUCUGUUGUGGUACACGUCCCGUUUGUGAAGUUUUGGGGAGUGUGAUUGUUUCAGCAUUUCCUUGUUCGAUUCAGUAUGGAUUUUAAGAACAUCAGCCAGGAGAGAGGUUCAAGGAAUGAGGAGAGAAUGUCUUGCGUCGGUAUUUCAUGAAUGUUUAAAAAUUUCCUAAUUAUGCUGGUCCUUUCCUUAUUGAAAGGAUGGAGUAAUUCCCACAUCAGUCAAAAUGAUCUGGCUUCUCUCAUUCAGGACAGAUAGCUAAAAGGGUACGUUCUCUUGACUUGCAUGUUAAUCUUCAAAGUGCUCAUGUAAUCAGAGGAUAUUACCAAGGGAAAAUGAGUUUCUGAGUUGAGAGGGUUAUGCCUCAUUGUAACUUCUAGACCAAAACUGUAAAAAUGUAGUUUGUUUGGGGUUUACUUUUUUGUUGUUGUAUUUUGUUUUGUUUUAUUUCUAAGAGUAAAUAAAUCUGUUGGGGUGUUUUAGCAGCCAGCAGCAAAAUGAUUCUUUUCAAGGAAAUAUGGUGGCAGGUUCCAUCUGUUCAGGUGUAUUCACUGGAAUGCUUUUGUGCAGAGGUGGUAUCCAGGAA